AUGACAGUCCAAGCACAACCCACAUACAGCUUCCAAAAAGCACCUAUUCAACUUACUUUCGUCAUUGUCGGAGCAGGUCUCGGUGGAGUCGCUGCCAGUAUCUGUUUGAAAUUGUCUGGUCACAAUGUCAUCUUAUUAGAAGCGGCUACCGAAUUAGGUGAAGUCGGAGCCGGUAUUCAAAUUCCACCACCAUCAACAAAGAUCUUGAAAGCUAUUGGUGUAUUGGAUGCAAUUGAAAAAGUAUCCAUCCAUCCUCACGAUAUCUUGAUCAAGAGGUACAAGGGUGAACUUUUAUCUACUCAGAACUUGGUGCCUUAUGUUCUGGAAAAAUACGAUGGGUUGUACUUGCACAUCCACAGAGCAGAUUAUCACAAAGCCUUGGUCAACAGAGCUGAGGAGUUGGGUGUUCAAAUUCACACCAAUUCUAGAGUGGUUGAUGUUGAUUUUGAAAACACAAUCGUCACCACGUUGAGUGGGGAAACAUACACUGGUGAUGUUAUUGUUGGAUACGAUGGAGUCAGGUCACACACAAGAGCAUUGUUGACUGGCGAUUCCACCGGUGCUUAUGAUACCGGAGAUUUGGCUUACCGUGCACUCAUCAAUGUUGAUGAUAUGAAGAAAGUCCCCGGUUUGGAGAAAUUUUACGCCAACCCCAACAUCAACUUCUGGUGGGGGCCAACCAUGCAUAUCGUCAUGUACUUUUUGCAACAAGGUCAAGUAUGCAACGUUGUUGCCUUGUGCCCCGAUACUUUACCCCAGGGUGUUUUAAGACAAGAGGCAUCACACGAUGAGUUAUUAGACUUGGUUAAAGAUUGGGACGAGGAUUUAACCACCGUCUUCAAAUUAAUUACAUCCAUCAGUAAAUGGCGUUUACAAGAUUCACGUGAAUUGAAAACUUGGGUCAACCACAAAACUGGCAAUUUCAUAAUCUUGGGUGAUGCAUCUCAUUCAACAUUGCCCUAUUUGGCAAGUGGCGCAUCUCAAGCAGUUGAAGACGCAGCCGUACUUGCUGGCUUAUUCUCCAAGAUUGAACUGCAUGAUCAAAUCCCGCAAAUUUUAACCAUGACUGAAAGCUUGCGCAAAUGGAGAAGCUCUCAAGUGGUUAGAGGCUCGCAUCAAUGCCAGGAUAUUUACCACUUGCCAGAUGGUGAGUUGCAAGAGAUUAGAGACUCGUACUUGUAUGAUAAGACUCCGGAGUUGGGAUGUCCUAACCGUUUUGCUGAUCCAGUUUUCCAAGAUUUCCUAUGGGGAUAUAAUGCGUUUGAGGAAGUUGAAAGAGCUUGGAAGGAGUUUAAAGCUGGUGGUAAUCCAAGUUAUACUUAUCCAAAUUUGUACAAGGAAAAGAGUAGUGGGGAAUCAUCAGCUGAAGUAGAAAAAGCGUCAACCGAGACAGCAGCAGCUAGUCUUGUUGCUGGAAACCACGCAUCUGCUCCUUUGAGUGCAACAGGUUGA